UUUUUAAUUAUUUAAAUAUUUUUUUGGAUUUUACUGGAAUUUUUAAACUUGUUGUUUUUAAAAUGGCACCGAAUCUCUAUGGAAAUUCGGCGACACUAUUUCUCGAAGCAUCACAAAAUGUAGAUCAAAAUAAUAAAUCAAAUGAUUUAAAUGAUACUAAAAAUGAUGAUAAUAAAAAAAAUACACGUAAAUAUAAAUGGCAAAUUGUAUGGAGAAAUGUUGUUGCAUUUAUUUAUUUACAUGGUGGUGCAUUGUAUGGUUUAUAUCUAAUGUUUACUGGAGCUAAAUUAUUAUCAACAGUAUUUCAUUUAUUACUGAGUUUUUUGGCUGGUGUUGGAAUAACAGCUGGUGCUCAUCGACUAUGGGCACAUCGUGCAUACAAAGCUAAAUGGCCAAUGAGAGUUAUCCUCAUGGUAUUUCAAACAGUUGCAUUUCAGAAUCAUAUUUACGAGUGGGUAAGAGAUCAUCGAGUACAUCAUAAAUUUACAGACACUGAUGCUGAUCCACAUAAUGCAACACGUGGAUUUUUUUUUUCUCAUAUUGGCUGGUUACUUGUACGUAAACAUCCUGAUGUUAUUGCUAAAGGAAAAACAGUUGAUAUGAGUGAUCUUGAUAGUGAUCCAGUUGUUGUUUGGCAAAGAAGAUUAUAUAUUUUAUUAAUGCCAAUAUUUUGUUUUUUAUUACCAACAUGGAUACCAAUUCAUUUUUGGAAUGAAAAACCAAUGUAUGCAUGGUAUUUAACAAUAUUUAGAUAUACAAUAUCAUUAAAUUUAACAUGGCUAGUUAAUUCAGCAGCUCAUAUUUGGGGUACCAAGCCAUAUGACAACUCAAUAAGUCCAACUGAUAAUCUUAAAAUAGCAAUUGGUGCAUUUGGUGAAGGAUGGCAUAAUUAUCAUCAUGUUUUUCCAUGGGAUUAUAAAGCAGCUGAAUUAGGUAAUUAUCGUGGUAAUGCAACAACAGCAUUUAUUGAUUUAUUUGCAUCAAUGGGACAAGCAUAUGAUCUUAAAACAGUACCAGUAUCAAUGGUUGAAAAAAGAGCAGCAAGAACUGGUGAUGGUACUAGAAAUGGAAAAAAACAUAAUAAAACACAUUCACAUGAGGGUGCCAUUUGGGGCUGGGGUGAUCAAGAUAUGUCUGUUGAUGAUAUUAAUGAUGCACAAAUUAUCAACAAGGGUGAUUAAAUUAAUUACAAUAAAUUAUCAAAAAAAAACA